ACAAGCUGGACGAGUCCCGCGGAUCCCUGGAAUUGUUUUGCGUGAUUCAGAUAAAACAAACACAUAGGGAUCUUCUGGGUUUAUGGACCGGGCUGCACAAGUGCUAUCUAAUCUCCACUGGAUUUAAUAGCGUGAAACACUUUGGAAUAUAACGCGGAGCUGAGAGUAUCGUAGACUACAUGCUCGUUUGGAAAACAUUCAGGUAACAUCUAUAUCAGUGCAGUACAGGAGGUGUGUGUCCUCUGUGCCAGCGAUGGGGUGGCGUGAACUGACGAUUGACCUGCUGCUACUGCUUCUGCUGGCAGUGACCCACCUGGAGACUUUGAGCUUUCCUGAAGACAACAUCCCGCUAGACAUUGUGGACAGACACUAUGCUCGACAGUACCCGGUGUUCCGAGGACGCCCAUCAGGCAACGAAUCUCAGCAUAGACUGGAGUUUCAGCUCAUGACACAAAUACAUGAUACGCUGUUCAUAGCAGGCAGGGACCAGGUUUAUUUAGUGAGUUUGAGAGAGUCCUACAGGAACGAGAUUAUCCCGUACAGGAAACUGACGUGGCGGUCUGGACAGGCUGACAGAGAGACGUGCGCCAUGAAGGGAAAACACAGAGACGACUGCCAUAACUUCAUUAAAGUCCUGGUUCCGAGAAAUGACGAUCUGGUGUUCAUAUGUGGAACAAAUGGUUUUAACCCCAUGUGCCGCUACUACAGAUUGGACAACCUGGAGUUUGAUGGGGAAGAAAUCAGCGGGUUGGCCCGUUGCCCGUUUGAUGCCAAGCAGACGAACGUUGCCCUGUUUGCUGAUGGUAAGCUGUACUCUGCUACGGUGGCGGACUUCCUGGCCAGUGAUGCCGUCAUAUAUCGUAGCAUGGGAGACGGCUCUGCCCUCCGCACCAUCAAAUAUGACUCCAAGUGGUUAAAAGAGCCACAUUUCCUUCAUGCUGUGGAUUAUGGGGAUUACGUCUACUUUUUCUUCAGAGAAAUCGCAGCAGAACACAACAACCUGGGGAAGGCGGUUUACUCCAGAGUGGCUCGGAUCUGUAAAAAUGACAUGGGAGGGUCUCAGCGGGUGCUGGAAAAGCACUGGACGUCUUUUGUUAAGGCGCGCCUGAACUGCUCUGUUCCUGGAGAAUCGUUUUUCUACUUUGAUGUUCUUCAAGCCAUUACUGAUAUCAUCAACAUUAACGGGGUGCCUUCUGUGGUGGGAGUUUUCACCACCCAGUUGAACAGUAUUCCAGGCUCUGCAGUGUGUGCAUUCUCAAUGGCAGAUAUUGAGAAAGUGUUCCAAGGACGUUUCAAAGAGCAAAAGACGGCAGAUUCAGUGUGGACGCCAUUUCCCGAGGAUAAGCUGCCCAAGCCCAGACCCGGUUGCUGUGCGGGACAUGGUUCAGCGGAGUCCUACAAAAAUUCCAUCGAGUUUCCAGAUGAAACCCUUCAGUUCAUCAAGUCCCACCCACUCAUGGAUGCCUCUGUCCCCUCCAUCGGAGAUGAACCUUGGUUCACCAAAACAAGAGUCAGGUACAGAGUGACAGCACUUGCAGUGGACAACACAGCAGGACCCCAUAAGAAUUACACAGUGGUCUUCAUUGGCUCUGAGGCUGGCAUUGUGCUGAAAGUUCUGGCAAAGACAUCCCCGCUGUCUUUGAAUGACAGCGUCCUACUGGAAGAGAUAGACGUCUUCAACCAAGCCAAGUGUUUAUCCAGCAACGAGGACGAUCGGCGAAUUCUGUCCUUCCACCUGGAUAAAGACUCGCACACGCUCUUUGUGGCAUUUUCCAGCUGUGUGGUCAAAAUACCUCUCAGCCGCUGUGAACGGCACAGUUCAUGUCAAAAGUCUUGCAUUGCUUCUAGAGACCCAUACUGUGGGUGGAUUUUGCAUGGAUCCUGUGAGCGCAUUCCUGCAGCUGUGGAAACCAGUUAUGAGCAAGAUGUUGAAUACGGCAACACCGCACACCUCGGCGAUUGUCACGAAUUUUUGGCCACUACAUCAGCGCCAGAUUUCAAAUCAUAUGGCGACCCAACCUCUGACAUGGAGUUGCCAUCCUCGUCAGUCACUGUGCCCGUGACAUCUGAACCCAUACAAUCACCCCAAACCAUCCCCACUCAGAGUACCCAACUAUUUGGCUCACGGAAAUUUGUGCUCCACGAUGAUUCAGCCACGUCACAUUCUGUUGAGCCUUUCCCAGGUGUGCUGGAGGGUGUGUGGGAAAUACAUGCAGGUGAAUCUAACCAGAUGGUACACAUGAACGUCCUCAUCACCUGUGUGUUUGCUGCGUUCCUGCUGGGUGCAUUCAUCGCCGGCAUGGUCGUCUACUGUUAUAAGGAUGCCUUCCAACGCCCUCCACGCAAGAUCCAAAAAGAUGCAGAGUCAGCUCAGUCUUGCACAGAUUCCACAGGCAGCUUUGCCAAGCUAAAUGGUCUGUUUGACAGUCCUGUCAAAGAGUAUCAACCCAAUAUAGAUUCCCCCAAACUUUACACCGACCUCUUGAGCAAUGGGAGGGAGGUGCCAACCACUGGAGACACCAAAACAAUGCUCCUGAGCGGGCAGCCACCAGAACUAGCAGCGCUGCCUACCCCUGAGUCCACACCUGUGCUGCAACAAAAAGGUCUUCAGCCAAUAAAGAACCAGUGGGAGAGAGCUCACGGAAAGCUAAGCGGCUCUCACAAAGAUGGGCCACCAAAAAGCCCACAAUACUUCCCCUCCAGCCCACCUCCUCAUUCCACUGUCAGCAACGCCCACAUUCCCAGUGCUGUGGUACUCCCCAAUGCCACGCAUGAGAACAGGGCCUCCUUCAUUACCCCUGAAGGGCCACAAGCUGAGAAAAAGAUCCACAAUAGCAAUCACCAUUUUUCCAAAUUGGGUCGUAAAGACCAACGGCGCUCUGUGGAUGCCAGGAACACACUGAAUGACCUCUUGAAGCACCUUAACGACAGCAGCCCCAAGGGAUUAAUGGUGGAGGUGCCCAAGUCCCGUCAGCACCUCAUGCUAGAACCCAUUGUGAGCCCAACAGAGGUCCCACCCAAAGUCCCAAGCCGAGAAGCCUCCUUGUACUCUCCCUCUUCCUCUUUACCCAGGAAUAGCCCAACCAUGAGACUGGACAUUCCGACUACACCAACGUCUCCUACUGGUCAGAUGGGAACUCUCGAGAGACAGCAUUAUCACCGCAGCUCAUCCCAGCGGCACUCUAUAUCUUCGCCGCCCAAAGGCCAGCACUCACCCAGUGGGGCCAUUGUGUCCCGACAGCCCAGCUUGAACAGAGGAGGGUACAUGCCCUCAACUCCUACCCCGCCCACCAGACUGGACUCUCACGGGGUGCCGAUGGAUAUGACGCCCUCCAUAUCCCGGCAGAAUAGCUACAGUAGUCAUGGAUCUUUACCCCAAACCUCAAUCAAACGGACAGCAUCGCUAAAGCCCAGUGUGCCCCCCAAACCCAACGGCUUUGCACCACAGACUGCACAAAUGAGGGCAGUGAACAAAUACAGCUACUGAGAAGCUCAGCAGGAUUUUACUCCAUUAUUGGACAUUGGGAGUAAAAGAGUUUGGCCUAAGAGAUAUGCGGCGUGCCAGCCUCCGUUUUCAUUGAAAGGAAAAGAAUUGGAGGCCAGUGCUUCUGCUUCGAGUAGUUCUGCUAGUUCUCAAUGACGUUGUACCAUCACACUCAGUUUGAGAAACAUGAAACUGAUUCUGAUCUUCAAGGCGGCAGGGUCACCUGAGGUCAUAGUCACAGCUAAUGUGCGGCAUAAAGAAGCUGCAUAGUUGCUGCAGCGUUCGUGGAGCGAAUGCUCCUCCUGCACUGUUCUCCCAGUCAAUGUGAAGUGUGGAAACAGGAAACAUGGCUGUAUCUGUCAGACUCUUUGGGAAAUAUGAUAUUCUUUCAUGGAUAUCUCCCUAAAUGACAGACCAAGUUAAAUGGACGUGUUGCGUGUUGUGUGUCUGUGAUUGAUUAGUCUCUGGGCUAACCAGUAUGCAUUCAUUGACCUUGUUUGUUCAAUAAACUGAGAACAAGCUUGAGUCAUCGCUGUCAUAAAAUUAAACCCCAUUUAUGGUGCAUUAACUUCAGAUGUGUUUUGAUUCAGAUUCCAGAUAUUAAUUAAGUAAUUUCUGUGUGCAAAAGAAAUGUCCAAGUCUUCUAUCUGGACAACUGAUUUUAAAACUCACUGGGGAAAAGUGCCCUCAACAUGUGUGCUGCUAAGUGUAGACGAUAACGAUGUUUAAUGGACUCCAGUGUGAUGUUCCAUGCAGCAGUUUGGCUUGUCAAGCUGUCUCAAGCUUUUAAACCAAUAGGCUCAGCACAGGAUGAUGUUGGUUAAAUAUACAAUGUGCUGUUUGGUCACUCUAAGAUCCAGAAAAUCACAGAAACCCUUCUAAUCUUAUUGAUCAACCUCUCUCCUUUUCCACAUGCCAAACACUUCUGUUGAAGUUCUGUCUCGUUAAAUAGUUUUUUCCUUUGACAAUUUCUUGCGGUUAACACCAUUCCAUAGAGAUUGCUUCUUGUUUAUUUGGCAACCCUGUUGAAAAGACCAUCUUUAAUCAGUCAAAGGUGGAUUGGGUACUGGUCUUAGCCUGUAUUAGUCUUUCAGUUGGUCUAGAUGGUCUCCCAGUCUGGCCAUGCUUGAGUCCUUCUAACUGGUCAGCCAGCUGGUCUCCCUGCCUAGCUGACAAAUGCCCAAAACCCCUAUAAAACCAUCAAACCAGACCAGCCUAACUAAUGAAAAUGGCCAGAUAAGAUCAGCAAACUACCUUAGCAAACAGCACAUUCACCACUGUAAACCACUCCUCAGAAUGGGCUCUGUGGCGACCCAACCUCAGUUAUACAUAUAAGACUUUAAUCUAGAUUUUGCUUUACUCUGAUGGUCCACAUGCAUUUUUUUAGAGAAUUGAGGCUUCAAUUUCAAAAUAGGAUAACAGUGCAAUCACUGCAGUACCUACCAGUGUGUCCUGCAGUCAUGCCAUUGAUAACAUUAUUGUAUAUACAACUAUUUAAGUGUGGAUUUUUCAAGGCAAGUUUACCUGGAUCAGUGUAUUUGUGUGCCUUAUUAAGUCAUGAGCGCUUGGUUUGGUUUUGGACAUUUCUCAAAAACAAAUGGUAGGAUGGGGGCAUGUAACCAAAUAUUCAAUAUUGGGGGAGAGCAGAGAUACAAUUUUAUGCAUCGAGAAUUAAGAAUGCUUUCCCCUCGGUUUCUAUGGUUGUUACAAAUCAAGAUAUGUCUAAACCCUCAGAAUUAUGUUCUUUUAAAGAAGUGAGUUCCAGAGGGAACAUGAAAGUAAACAAAGAUUAUGAUUAUUACUUCUCUUUAUUGCCAUUUAUUCUCAUGCGUUUCUGGAAAGUGCUAAUUUGCGAUGAUGAGAUGCCAUGUAAUGAAUGUAUUAUGAUUCUAAGAUGACUACAGCUGAAUUUCAGCUCACGUUAUUCCUCAACAUUUCACUGGGUCAAAUUCUGAUAAGAGAUGAUGAUAUAUGAUUAGAGAUUUGCAAUUUGUUUUUUAUUACUUGGGAGAAUUUCAGUAUAUAAAGAAGAUUGCCAGUUCAAGCCCAAAGCUUCAUGUUUGUUUACAUGUUCUGAUUGUAUUUGAGCAGCUGACCAGAUGCUGACGUGUCAUCACCUGCAAAGUUUAUUAUUAAAGGAGAGAGUGUUAAUCCUGCACUCCAAUUCAAAUUGUCCUGUGUUGAGCUGCCUUGUAUAUUGCAAUAUAGAUCUGCAAUCUGAUUUCAAGCCUUUACCGUUCAGUCAAUACUCUGUGUGCAAAGAAACCAGACUGGUCUGCAUUUUAUUUUUAUUACUGUGCAAACAUUGACAGGUGGAAUACAGGUUUUUCUUUUUUUUUUUUUCAGAAUAUUUUUAUUAUGUAGAUAUUGUAAAGCUGUACUGUGAAAGUGUAAAUAAUUACAGUCAUUGUUUAAGAAUAUUUUUGUUGACUUUUUUAACAUGGCAUGUAUAGUUGAAAUAAAAUAUUACUGCACAGAAAAUAUAAUUUUUAUUAUUCUUCUAUAUUACUAAUAUAAUUUUUAGUUUAUAUAUUUUUUACAGGAUCUCAUUCAGAGGUGGGUAGUAACGCGUUACAUUUACUUGAGUAACUUUUUGGGGACAAAUUUACUUUUAGAGUAGGUUCAAAAGUGAGUACUUUUUACUCUAACACAAGUCAAUUUCUAAUGAAUAAUUUUUUCUUUUACUUUUUUACAAUGGGUGGCGUUACUGUCGUUACAUUACUGGGUUUAAUUUGAAUGAAUGUGUAAUUUAUUGAGAGAUUAUUGAAUGGGACUUUUACGAGAGCGGAAGUUCACAGCUGCGCGCGAUGAGCUCCCACUUCAAUGAUGAGACUGUCGCUCAAGUCAUCACUGCUGCAGCAUCAAACAAUUCAAAGUGAAACACUUUCUUCGCUCCACACAGUGAAAAAAAGAAUAGUUUUGUCAUGCAAUGCCUUCAUUUAACACCAAGACAAGCUGAUAAUUCAAUAUUAUAGUCACAGCUCCAACUUCAGGCAGCACGCGUUUUUCUGUGUAAUGAGAUGGUCAUUUUCAGGGUGAUUCUGUAACGGCUCUUAUAAAAUCAGUUUUAAGUGUAAAUUUUUAAAUCAGUGCAGCAAUAUAUCAGUGUGCUUUGUCCUGCAUGUCAUAAGCAGUAUUUAUGCAUUUACUCCGCGCCCUCGCUGGGGGUACAGGAAAAUAUCGCAGCUACUUUAGGCGGAUUAACUGUAUAAAUCCAUAAACAUCCAAGUUGAUUGCCAUUCGCGUGAUCGACAACUGGAGGGCGAACAGACAGCAUUUCUGUGUGUUCACCGCGGGGCAUGCGUGUGUGAGAUGAGAGUGGCUGUGUCCGAAAUCGUUCACUCAUUCACUAUUUCCUAUAUAGUGAAUGGCAGUUAGUGCACUACAGCUGUGAGUGAACGAAAUGAGUGAAUUCUUACGAGAGUGUUGGAGCUCUGGGGCUGGUGCAGAAAUGUCUCAUAUGAAAUUUAAAAUAUUUGAGCCUUGUUAUUCUUAUUAGAUAAUAUAUUAAUACAAUAACUCUUCAUUCUGUUUGUCAUUUUUAAUAUAUACUGUGUGUAAAUAUAGAGUAAACAC